AUGGGUUUCUUUGACAACGACAGCGAGGAGUACCGCCACCACGAGGAGGUCACUCAGCGCCCUCAUGAGGCUAAGUGGUCCCACGAGCUCAUCGGUGGUGCUGCUGCAUACGAGGCCAUGAAGGCCUUUGAGGAGCACGAGGCCCGCGAAGGCAAGGUUGACGACCACGCUAAGGCCAAGGAGAUCAUUGCUGGUCUCGCCGGUGCCUUCAUUGACCGUGAAGUCGAGACCAAGGGCCUGGACUUUAUCGACCGUGAGAAGGCUAAGCACCACGCCAAGGAGCGCUACGAGAACAGCAUGGAGCAGAGCAGCCGCUGGUAA